CUCUGUCUCACUUCGACGGAAUUGUGAAAGGUGGAAGUUUUCCACAAACAAAAAUAGCUAACAAAUUCGCACAGAAUGCACAAAAGUGCGCCACCUUGGCAUUGUGUGUGCACUGCCUCUGCCACGACAGCAGUAGCAGCAGCAGAAAAAAGUUUACAAAGCAGCGACACUGUUAGUGCCACAACGAAAUCAGUGAUAAGGUCUGCAAUGUGCGCAGCAUCAUUAUCAACAUCAACCCCUGCCCCCGCCCCCGCCUCCCACAGUAUUCAAUGGUUGCUGCUAUUGCUGAUGCUCUCACUGCACGCAGCGCCGGCCAUUUGCACCCACAUCAGUGGCGAAUUCCACACGGCCGACUUCUUUCAGUUCCUCAUCAAGUUUGGCUUUCAGAAGGCCGAUCCGCCCACUCCGCGCAGUGUUGAGUCCUACGGCUAUAUAUACGGCAAUGUGACGUCACAGGACAAGUACAGCGCACCCGUCACGCUCGUUGUGCUGGACAAGUCCACAUUUAUAGACUUCUAUAGCAAUCGCAGCUAUCGCAACAGGGAAACAGCCUGUUCCCGCAUGUUCUCCCGCCUGCAGCGGGUCGUCUACGAUCCCGACUGCAAUCCUCAGGGCAAGCGUGACUUUCUACGCCGUGUGCCCUGUUCUCAAGGCGAGCUAUGCGUCGACGAGGAUGCACCCUCGAAUGUCAUAGAAGACCAUCAGUUUACCUAUGUUAUCAGUUUGGAAACGGAACCACGCUUCUGGUAUGUUGCUUUGGUGGCCUGUUAUCGCAAUCGGACAACCUGCCAGUGGCAUUCCCACGAGAAUCUGGCCAGACUGAGCAAUCGGAGCAGCAGUAUCCUCAGCACAUUGCAAUACAAUAUCAAUUUGGUGAAUCAGCAUCCCAAAAACAAAGCUGCACAUUUGCUGACCUUUCAGUACUCGUACGAUCAGCAGAAUCUGCUGGAAAUGUACCUAAUCUUCAUGCUUGUCUAUAUUGUGUUACUCCCAAUGCAAAUCUAUGCUGUGCGCCGUCAGAAGCAUCCAGUGACCAAAUUGUUUACACUCAGCCUGAUCAGUGAGUUUAUCAGUUUGUCGCUCAUCACUGUGCAUCUCAUUCUCUAUGCGGACAAUGGGGUAGGAGAACCGAAAAUGCAGGCAGCUGGCGAUGUUCUGGACAUUCUCAGCCGCACCACGUUUAUGCUGAUCCUCCUGCUGCUGGCCAAGGGAUGGGCAGUGACCAGACAGCAAAUCAGUCGCACCGGCUGGAUCAUAUUAAUGUCAAUUUGGGUGCCAUACUGUGCGUUCCACAUAUUUCUCUACAUCUGGGAUCGGACGGAGGUGGAUAUUAUAUCAGAUAUUGAUGAAUACCAGACCUGGCCCGGCUGGAUUGUUUUAAUCCUGCGCACUUCGUUUAUGAUGUGGUUCCUGUAUGAGCUGCGUAAUACCAUGAAAUAUGAGCAUUCCAGCAAGAAGCUAGAUUUUCUAUUGCAUUUGGGCGCCUCCAGUUUGGUAUGGUUCAUCUAUCUGCCGAUUGUGGCCAUUGUGGCGUUGCAGGUUAGUCCCAUGUGGCGCUAUAAGCUGCUGCAAGGCAUCACCAAUUCAGCCGACUGCAUGGCCUAUUGUGUGAUGACCGGUCUACUGUGGCCCAAUCGAGCUGGCCAAUAUCUUCUCCUGGCAGGCACUAAAUAUGCAGGCAUGGAUGAGCUAGAUGAGUUCAACGAGGCGCCACAUAUUGUGCGCGAACGAGAACUUCGCCGCAACUCACCGCCAGAUGAUAUAUCCAUAGGGACGAGCAGUGGUGCUGGAGGACGGGGCAUGGUGCUGUCCACGAGUAUACCACAUUCGCUCAAUGGCGAUUUGCUGGACGCAGAGGAUUUGGCUGCCGAGUUACUCACUGAUUUGAAUAAGAAUAGUCAUAUUGUGGCAUAGUUUGUCAAAGAUUGAUAAUAAUCAACGGCAGCAACGGGUUAAUUACUAAGCUUAGUAGUCAAAUGUGCUAAAUGAAGAAACGCAAGAAUGUUAAUCAUACUACACUACACAUACCUAUACGAGUAUAUUAUAUAUUAUAUUUACAUACAUACAUAUAUUAUUAAAUAGUUAUAUAUUCCACAUAGACAUACAUAUAUAUGUAUAUAGUUUUUAGCCGCCUACAACGAAGUCAGCGAGAGUGCAAAGUGCAGCAAAGAUUGUUGUGUGAUUUAUCAUAUAUUAUACUUAUGCUUGAAUUUAUAAUUAGUUUUUUUUCAUGAGAUAAGCAAACGUAGAAUACUUACGCAUAGAUUGACAAAGAAAACGCUUGAGAAUUAUUUGAUUGUGGUAUCAUCAUAAGGUUACAUUUUAAUAAAUAUAUUUAAGCUCAACAUGCAUGUCGGACACUAUCAUUCAUAUGUAGCUAAAAUAGUAUUUUGAUAAGAACAAAUAGUUGUGUAUGAGAAUUAAAUGAUAAGAAAACGAAAUACAAAUAAUAAAAAAACGAAGAUGAAUGUGAAUUAAAUAAAUCAAUCAUUUUUCAAUAUA